CAAAUAUGGUCACACUGGUCGAAAGAGAAAACAAUUGUUGCUUAUAUUUACAAAUAUUCAGCUAAUUAAACCAACGCCUGAAAUAUGCAAUCGAAUAUUGAGAAUGUAUCACGGGACUAUGCCAAGAUACUACAGAGCGCCGAUCUGGAGAAGGAGAUAAAUCCACUGUGCACGAAUAUCGAGGAUAUGCUGGCCAGAUUGGAUGAAUUUGAGACUUUGCUGGCUUCGGUGCGUGCCGAGUCCAAUGGCAUGAUGGCCAACAAUGUGUGCGCCAUCCUGGGUUUCGCAGACAGUUUCGAGCAACUAAAGACUAGAAUCGAUGGUUUGGAGCAAUUUGUGGGUGUAGUUAGUGCCAAUUUGUCCGAAGUGGAAAGAUCUGUGGAUAUAGCAGAGGAGGAGCUGCAUGUCACAGACUACAGCCUCAAGGGACUUCUCCUGAAGCCCCUGAAGGCUAAGUUAGGUGCCAGCGAUUCCAGCACACUCAGCUCCCUGCCACGAUCCAAUCUCGCCGAGGAGGAAUAUCAGCCUGUGCAGAUCUACAAAUCCGACGAUUACUUCGGGAAGUCGGAGGAGGAGAACUACGUAGCCAACUGACUAAACACAUAGGGAAUAAUUAGAAGAAACCUAGUUAGAACAACCUAGUUGAGGAUCUUUGCAGAUGUAUGAACAUAAAGUUAAUUUUAUAAACUUUGUAAAAGCAACUUAA